UCUGCUCUCACCACUUUAUUGGACAGAGAGUCCAUGCUCUCAGCUUUGAAAUAAAAGCUCUUGGCUUUUAUAUGGAAUUCAGUCUCCGUGGUGGUCUACUGGGGGUCCCCACCAUCUAGGCAUAACAGUAACAGGAAGCUGUGGCUCUCCUACCUAACUGGUCAACACCAUGAUGUAUCCUCAAUUCUUCAUUUCAGGCCUCAUACUACUUCUCCCAGGUGCUCUGGGAUCUGACACAGUAGUGGAAGGUGUGGUGGGUCACCCUGUCACACUGCCAUGUACUUACUCUACAAAUGGGGGAGUCACUACAACAUGCUGGGGCCUUGGUGAAUGUCGAUCUGCUUAUUGUACUAGAACACUUAUCUGGACCGAUGGACACCGUGUCUCCUAUAAGAGGAGCAGCAGAUACCAGCUAAAGGGGCAUAUUUCAAAAGGAAACGUGUCCUUGACAAUAGAGAAUGCUAUUCAGAGUGACAGUGGUCCAUAUUGUUGUAUAGUGGAGAUUCCUGGAUCUUUCCAUUAUGUGACCUAUUCCUUGGAAAUUAAACCAGAAAUUUCCACAAUUCCUGCAACAAGGCCCUCAACUACAGGAGGAUACAGAACUACAGGAAGACCCACAACUGAAGGAAGACACACAACUACAGGGAGACCCACAACUACAGAUGCUCGCCGUUCUUACAAAGUAGUGGAAGGUGUGGUGGGUCACCCUGUCACACUGCCAUGUACUUACUCUACAAAUGGGGGAGUCACUACCGCAUGCUGGGGCCUUGGUGAAUGUCAAUCUGCUUAUUGUGCUAGAACACUUAUCUGGACCAAUGGAUAUCAAGUCUCCUAUAAGAGGAGCAACCGAUACCAGCUAAAGGGGCAUAUUUCAAAAGGAAACGUGUCCUUGACAAUAGAGAAUGCUAUUCAGAGUGACAGUGGUCCAUAUUGUUGUAUAGUCAACACCAUGAUGCACCCUCAAGUCUUCAUUUCAGGACUCAUACUACUUCUCCCAGGUGCUCUGGGUUCUUACGCAGUAGUAAAAGGUGUGGUGGGUCACCCUGUCACACUGCCAUGUACUUACUCUACAAAUGGGGGAGUCACUACCGCAUGCUGGGGCCUUGGUGAAUGUCGAUCUGUUUAUUGUGCUAGAACGCUUAUCUGGACCAAUGGAUAUCAAGUUUCCUAUAAGAGCAGCAGCCGAUACCAGCUAAAGGGGCAUAUUUCAGAAGGAAACGUGUCCUUGACAAUAGAGAAUGCUGUUCAGAGUGACAGUGGUCCAUACUGUUGUAUAGUGGAGAUUCCUGGAUCUUUCCGUUAUGUGACCUAUUCCUUGGAAAUUAAACCAGAAAUUCCCACAAGUCCUCCAACAAGACCCACAACUACAGCAAGACCCACAACUACAGCAAGACCCACGACUAUUUCAACAAGACCUACAACUACAGAUAGACCCAUGACUAUUGCAACAAGACCCACCCAUGUACCCACAUCACCCCGAGUCUCCAACUCUACUCCUCCAACACCAGCACACACACAGUCUCACACACCAGAACCCACUAUGAUUUAUCCACAUCAGACAACAGCUGAGGUGACAGAAACCCCAUCCUACACUCUUGCAGAUUUGAAUUACACUGUGACAUCCUCAGACGACUUUUGCAAUAAUUACACUGAAUCGAUCCUUUCACAGGAGCGGCAGAAGAACACGAAUACUGGCUUCUAUGUGGGCAUCUCCAUGGCUGCCCUGCUGUUGCUGCUGUUUGUGUGUACCCUGGCUGUCACCAGGUACAUCCUUAUGAAAAAGAAGUCGGGGUCUCUAAGCUUGGUAGCAUUCCGUGUCUCUAAGAUGGGAGCUUUACAGAACACAGUGGUUGUGUGGCCAUGA